UACAGGGAUUAAUUCGCUCCAGCAGAUGGCAGCAGUGAAACAAGAGGCAAAAUAAAGCAUGCCUGUACAGAUGCCUGAUUGAAAUAUGAUAAGAGACGUAAACAAAAGACGCGGACACUCAUUCGUUUGAGACUUAAGUGGAUUCAGUCGAACAGAAACGUGCACAGCUGCGGUGUGGCCGUAUGGUUCUGGUUUAUGAGGCUCCAAUGUGUUACACAAAGAGCAGACACCAUGCAGAAAGUGGAUUAUGCUCAUCGGAAUAUUCUGCCUUUAGAGGACAAACUGCAGGUUAAACGGCUCGGUGUCCAUCAGCCGCAAGAAGCUGGGAGAAUCCGAACAACUGACAAGCAGCAUCUUUUGGUGAUCAAAAAAGAGGUUCCCAGUCUGCAGAGCGCCAGUUUGGACCAGCAGAACGCAGAACUCCACCAUAUAAAAAAGGAAGAGGAGGAACUGUGGGUCAGUGAAGAUGGAGAGAUGAAGAUUGUAGAUGAUGAGACCCUUAAGAUAUCAGAGCUCUGCCACGUCCAAACUGAUGACGGCAAAGAGACUGAAGCUCCAACAAGCAGCCCAGCUAAACAAACGGAAACAGGACCUGAUGGAGAGGACAGUGGAGGAGCAGAACGAGACGAAAACCCGGAACCAACAGGAUACGGGACUGAACAGCAGGAGGUCCAGAUGAAAUAUGGUGAGCAACUGUUGGUAAUCAAAGUAGAAGUUCCUGAUCCGCAGAGGUCCAGUUUAGACCAGCAAGACACAGAACCACUCCAGAAGACAAGGCAAAAGGAGCUGUGGAUCAGUCAGGAUGAAGAGGAGCUUGCUUUGAUGAGUGAAGAUGAAGAGAAACCUCAGUCAUCAGAGCUUCAUCUCAUCAAAAGUGAAGACAGCAGAGAUGCUGAAGCUUCAACCAGCAGCUCAGCUGAACAGACGGAAACAGAAUCUGAUGGAGAGGAGGGUGGAGGACCACAGCCAGACAGGAAUUCAGAUCCACAUGCUUGUUUACAGUCCAGUCGUUCAGGCACUUCCGAGACUGAAGUCAGUAGGAAGUGGUGGUCAGGAGUGAGUGGAGACGGCUGUGAUGACAAUCUACCAGGUUCUGGAUCUAAAAAUAAAGGCUGUAGUGAAGGCUGGUGGGAAAUCAGGACACUUCAGUCAGGCGUAAACAGCAAACCUGGAUGUAGAAGUGCCGUGAAACCCUUCAGCUGCCCAGACUGUGGUAAACAGUUUGUGUACCAGCAGUCAUUCCUGAAGCACCUGUCAUGUCAUUCAGGAGAAAAGGCUUCCACCUGUUUGGCUGAUAUGAAACAAUCAAUAGCCAAAGCUGGGAAGAAAUCGAUUGCUUGUGUGGUUUGUGGAAAAAUGUUUAAGGAUCAGUAUUUUCUAAAAUGUCAUAUGAGGCUCCACACUGGAGAGAAACCAUUUAGUUGUGAUGUUUGCGGUAAAGCGUUUAGGCAUUCUCAUAUUCUUAAACUUCACUUAAGAAUCCACACUGGAGAAAAACCUUUUACUUGUGAUGAAUGUGGUAAAACGUUUACCAAGCUGCAAAAUCUUAAAGGUCACAUGACAUGCCACACAGGGGAGAAACCUUUUCAGUGUGAGGAAUGUGGCAAAAGAUUUACACAAAGGGGAACGCUGAGGAACCACAUGAUGAUUCAUAAAGGAGAAAAACCUUUCGCUUGCGGCAGCUGUGACAAACAUUUCAGGCUUAAAGCAGAUCUUCAGAAACACGCGGUAACCCACACGGGAGUGAAACCAUUUUCUUGCCGUUACUGCGGAGCCAGAUUUGCUCAUCGGGGAGCUUUGACGAGACACAUUAGACGGCACACAGGUGAGAAACCAUUUGCGUGCGAUAGGUGUGACAAAAGAUUUUAUCGAAAUUCUGAACUGAAGUACCACGUGACAGUUCAUACAAGAGACUGGAAACAAGACGCUGAAAACAGAAAGUUUGCCUGCAAGGAAUGCGGGAAAAAAUAUAUCCGAAAGGUGCAUCUUACAGCACACAUGAGUACCCACUUAGGAGAAAAACCUUUCAGCUGCAGUGUGUGUAGUGUGAGUUUUACACGCCAUGAUAGUCUGAAGAGACACACAAUGAGAGCCCACGGUCAAUAGAAACUGCUCAUUCUGCCAAUCUAGAUGUGUGCAUCUAGAUUGGUGUAAAUGCUGCUAGUUAGGUGUAUUUUGUAUAGAUUAAAAUCAGUGUAACUUCAUAGAUGGUAAGUUUUCCAAUAUAAUCAUCUUAUUGGUAUUGUCUACAUGAGGCGCCUUGCUAAAACAUUAAGACAAUGUUAUGUAAACUGUUUAAUGUUCAUGCUGUGCUGUUUUUCAGUGUGUACAUACAUGCUUGUUAUACUAAAAAUAGUCUCUAACCUGACAGUGUCUAUGUUGUAAUGAGAUAGCUACAAACGACAUCUGAAACACAAAUGUUUCAGCAAGACUUCAUUUUUUAUCAAAGGUUUUAAAUUCUGUAGUUUUGCUAAAUACCAACAUGCUCAUGUUUGUAAUGUAAAAGCUUGUUUUUGUCUUUUAUACUAUAGAAUGUAUUGUAUCUUCAAGAAGGCCUGACAUUAAUAAAGACUCAAAAAAUAUGCC